GCUUCUACACCGAAAAAAGUUAUAAUAGAAGAGAACGAAUGUUUUAUUUGCAAAAAUACAACAAGUUAUGAAAAACGGAUAAAGGUUUUUGGGCGAAGUUCUAUUAACUUGGUAGAAUUAAUAAAGAGAGCAGUCAACGUAAACCUCGCAGAGUUUGAAAAAACCAAUGCAAUGUUUGUUUGUUCAAAAUGCUACAAGCAGCUUACUCGACUGGACGGCCUCAUAAAAUCAACUGGGAAUCUAUGCGACAAAUUGAGACAUAUGUUUCAACAAGGAGGGUCCAUUCGGUUAAAAAGAAUGGCACCAGAAUCACCACAAACACUAAGGUUGCGACCGAAGGCUCUGAUUCUAGAUUACGAAGAUAGUGUUCAAACUUCUCAGUCAAAGUCAAACGUAUGCCAGCUGCCUGGCACUCCAGAUCCUUGUCCAAGGUUUACAUAUCCUACUAUAUGUGUUACUUCACCUAAUUUAUCACAACAAAAUCGCUUUUCUUUGGUUAUGAAAGCAUUUCCUUACAUUCAAUUCGAACCACCGAAAAGUUCUACGCCUUUAAAAAAAGAGAGAAUACCGAGCACUGUACGCCCAACGGAUAUUGACGGUGUUUCAAAAGUUACCAUCACGGUUGAAUUCCCGUCGAGAACUGUACGAAAAGAGCUAAGCACAGAACUAUCAUCCAUUGGUACUGCCCUUGUAUUUGGAGCAGAUGGUCGUAUAGCUCGUGCUGUUAUGAAAAAUCCAAUAAUAAACAGGUCGGUUGUGAAAUUGGUUCUCAAAAAGCUAGGAAAAGAAUUAAAAGAUCUGUGCUCUCUGAAAAACCCUUCAAUUCUCAGGAAAAGCGCUAAAGCCGACAUAUUGAACUUUUGUUUGGAGAAAGUGUGUAUUGAGUUGAAAGAACGCACUCCACUAUUUUACGGAGUUUUGAUGACCUGUGCGAAUGCUAAAAAGGAAACUACAUGGCUUCCUAGCAUAGUCGUGGCCGCAUCUGUGUUGUUAAAGCAGAGAAAUACACAUAUGAAUACCUUUGCAACUGUUGUCAGUUUGACUGUUAAGAACAGAUCUACAGAA